UCCACAAUCCGCAUCCCCAUUUCCCAAAUGCCAUUCAAGCUCCGUCACUGUAUCCAUUUCCGGAAGCACAGUUCUUCACAUUUCAGGCGAUCGCUUCUUUCAACAUCUAUCGGAUUCAGUCAUGGAGGCCUUAUUCGGUUCGAUUGACAUACGUGAGCUCCUCUCGACUCAGGACCUCUCCGAUCCGACGGCGCCUCUCUCCACCCCCGAUCUCCGCCUUCUUGUCAACCGCCUCGAGUCCAACUCUCUCCAGAUCAAAACUAAGAUACGCGAUUACUUACUUUCUCACCAUCAAGAGUUCUCGGACCUCUUCUCCCUCUGCAAUGACGCAGUUUGCCAGUAUCACCAAAUCUCCAAGGACGUGUCGAAUGUGCUGGAGUUGACGACUGACCGCCCGAUAGAGGUCAAGAUGCGUGAGAUUAUCGAUGACAUGAAGGAGAAGACGAAGGGCGCGAGGGAGAAGAGUGAAUUGUUGGAGUUAGUGAAGGUAAUUGUGGAAAUGGAUGACAGGUUGAAGAGUGUUAGAGAAGCAACAAGGAAAGGAAUGCUCAAAUUUGCAGCGGAGGAAGUAAGAGAGCUCAAGACUGCUCUACACAUUCACAAUGACGACGACUGUAAAGAUGGCGAGCCCUUGGUUUACGGGAUACUGAGAAGGGAGUGGUACCAGUGCUUUGAGGAGAUUCAAGACUUGCUUGUGAAAAUCCUGGAACAUGCAGUAAAGUUUGAUCAGCAAUCUAUUCGAGUGAAAUACUGGUCAAAUAUAGGCGAAAUUGAUGGGAUUGAGCUACGCACAGUUUUGCAAGCAAUGGAUGUUGUUGGUAUUUUGGAUUAUGGCCUAGCCAAAGUGGCUGAUUUGAUUAUCAAGUUUGUUUUCUCUCCGGCCUUAACUUGCGGCUCACCAAUAUCUUAUGUGGAAGAAAUAAAUCAAGAUGCUGAAGAAAAGUGUACAGCAGUCCUGAAGAUAGUGCCAUCCCUUGAAAAGAUUGAGAACGUUGAUUGUGAAACCAUAUACUCAGGGGUAACUCAGAUUGUUAAGUUCAUCUCCCGACACAUAUGUUAUCAAAAUAGUUCUUGGAUACAACGUUUUGGGAGAUUAACGUGGCCUCGGAUGUCAGAAUUGAUUAUAUCUGGUUUUCUUUCUAAGGUAGUUCCAAAAGAUGCUUCAAAGCUUGCUGGAUUUCAGAAGAUUGUUGAAAGUACAUCCAAGCUUGAGGGUGCAUUAAAGGAAAUGAUGUUUAUUUCUUCAUCUGAUGCAAACGAUGAAAAGCUGAGUAUUUUUGCUGAAAAUGUGGAGGUUCACUUUGCUUCUGGGAAGAGGAAAGAAAUUUUGGCGAAGGCCAGAAAUAUGCUUCUAAAAUGCGAUUUUUCUGUGCCUGAAGAGUUCACAAUCAAAGGCGGUAAGAAAAAGGGCAAUGAAGAAACUAAAAGUUCUUCAAAUCAGACUGUCGAUUUACUUUUCCUAUCUGAGAGAUGCGUGGUGUCUGAAGCUGCCGCAAAACUGAUGGAGCUAGGUCAUCAAACACUACAGGAUGUUUGUUUGUCAUCCACCAGAGUCGCUGUGGAAUUUUAUCAUGCUGUUAGGGAUGCCAUUCUCCUCUAUGAAGUUGUUGUCCCAAUCAAGCUAGAAAGACAGCUUGAUGCAGUCAAUCAUGUUGCAGUUCUCAUGCACAAUGACUGCCUUUAUUUAUCUCAGGAGAUACUUGGACUUGCAUUUGAGUAUCGAUCAGACUUCCCAGAUUUCCUAAAAGAACAUGCUGUCUUUGUUGACAUGGCUCCAAGGUUUCAUGAGAUGGCAGAAGAAACAAUGCAUAAACAGCUUCAGCUUAUAACUUGUCACUUGAACGAGGCUAUAGAUGGAGCAGAUGGAUUUCAUAAUACACAUAGAAGGCAACAAUUUGAAUCUGCCAAGUUCAGCAUAGAUCAGGUUGUGUUCAUUCUUGAAAAAGUACAUAUUAUCUGGGAGCCACUCUUGUUACCUUCCAAGUACAGAAAAUGCAUGUCUGCAGUGUUAGAGUUGGUUUUAUCAAGAAUCACAAAAGACAUACUUCUUUUGGAUGACAUAGCUGUAGAAGAAACAUUAGAGCUUCAAAGACUCAUUCAUUUGAUGCUAGACAGCACGUCAUCUUUAUUAGAGACCCUGACUACCAAACAUCAAGAGAAAAUGGAGGAGCCUUCCUUGUACAGUCUUGAUGUUCUUAUACCAUCCCUCAGGAAACUCCGUAAACUCGCAGAAUUAUUAGAUAUGCCUCUAGUAUCCAUUACAACGGAAUGGGAAACUGGAGAACUACUCAUCUCUGGGUUUACCGCAUCCGAGAUUGAGGAUGUCAUCAAGGCCAUAUUUGCCGAUUCCCCCUUGAGGAAAGAAUGUUUAUGGAGGAUAGAGAAGACAUGCUCUUAACUAUUUAACGAAUUCUCCGGCGGUGGUUGGUGCUGAUCAGUCGUUAGUGGCGAUGGAAGACAAGUUUUGUCACAGUUUCACUUCCGUACAAAUUGAUCCAUUUCCUUCCCCUUUAUUAAUUUUUUUUUUUUUAAAAAAAAAAAAGCAUUUGGAGAUAUAGUUGCAUUUAUUUUACUUUUUGUGGGGGAAGGGGGGAGGAAUACGUUUUAUUUUUCCCUUUUUUUUUCUUUGAGAACAUUAACAUAAAUCUUUGAUUAUUUUACUUCAUGUUUGUUAGAUAGCAUAGCACCGAGAUGAUAAGAACCAUACUUAGCGCCA